AACUGUCUAAUCUCACUCAUGGGAGAACGGGAAGAUAUCAUCAAAGAAUAUGUUUCGAAGUCGUUCAAACGUCAUCCCAAACUCCACAAUCCUGGAGCAUUCCUGAUGUUGAAGCACUGGGUGGAGCAAGUGUACGGCCGUAAGACUGUGUUGUUUUGUGUUGAUGUUGAAGCAUGGGAAAGAGAUAUCACAAAAGUCACCGAGAUUGGAGUCAGUAUUUUCGACCCUCGAAAACAAGAAGAUGCCAUAGUGCCAACCCUAAUGAACUUUCAUAUUCGUCCUAAAGAGCAUAACCAUAUGAAAAAUGGACGGUAUGUUCCUGAUAACUCGAUGAGAUUCGCUGGCGAUGUUACUCACAUUAUGACCAUGGAGGAUUCCAUCCGAUUUGUACAAUAUUUAAUCGAUAAAUACUUCAAUGACUCGAGUAUUUCCUGCUCUUUGGUGGGUCAUGACUUGCAUGGAGACAUUAAAUGGCUCAGGACCCUAGGAAUAAACUUUCCUGAAAAUGCUGCCAGAUUAGACACUCAAGUGAUAAUAGGCUUUUCAAGUGAACGUCAAAUGAGUUUAGUAAACUCACUUGUGGCUCUUGGAAUACCAUAUUCAAACUUACACAACGCUGGGAAUGAUGCAUACUACACCCUCUUGUUGGCUUUAAAAGUCUCUGAUCCCAUUACCAGACAGUUGUUUGGAUUGGAUGAUUCAGUACUUAUACAACCCCCAAAGACAAAAAGAAAGGCUACCUGUGAACAGAAAAUCAUUUCUGACCUAUCUGAGAUAAUAGAUGCAUUCGAGUCUAACAUAUAUGUUCCAUAAUUCAUUAGUAUACAUUAUUUAAUUGGUCCAUUAUUGUAGCCUGGUACUUAUCAAGUAUCUUUGAAAGGCGAAGAAGAAAUCCAGCACAUAGACUCUUAAUUUGUUCGUCUAUAAUUGCUUCCCAUAAGCCAAUAAGCCAGCUUUGGAUCGAAAGGAGGUUACUGCUAAAGUUUAUUACCAAAUGUUCCUCAUCUGAAAUAUCAGUAAUGAGAAGCAUUCCAGUGAUCACUCCUUCAAUAACUUGGGUCUGUUCAGCGGUUGAGGUUUUAGCAAUGUCAGUUGCAAUGAGCAAAAACUCACGGAUCAUAUCAUUGUUUGUUAGGGAAGCAAAUGAGCAGUGAAGCAAUAAGGCCAUGGUUUUCACGUAGUGUCCAAUCAACAAUCCUGAGUAAUGACCAAUGUUGAUUCCUCCCGAUUCAUACCACAAAUGAGUCAAUGGGAAGUAGAAAUACUUGCUGAUGAGGGUAGAAUAGUUGUCAUAUUUGGGUGUGAGGAUGUUUUGACUUUGUUUGGGCCGCAUAUUUCUUGAGAUCCUAAGGAUCUUUCCUCCCUGGAGCUGGUCAGCUGCUUCUUGUGAGUCUUCUAGUAUAAGAGAGUUUUGAAUUGAUAAAUGUGCUCGUUUCAAGCCUUCCGGUUCGUAUUCAAUUCGUCCCUGUUUGAUGUAAUCGAGAGCCAAGUACUUUGCAUGUAACCGAGGAGCCAACCGCUUCGUUGGGAACACCUUUUCUUUAUAAGACUUGGUUACAAUCUCGUCCUUGAACCCUCUGAUUUCUCUAGCAGCAAGUGAAAGACCUGUCAAUAUCAUCAUUCGCUGCUGAAGAGAAUAGUCACCAGUUCCUAACAUUUUAGAGAUAUCCAAUGCACUCUC